AUGGGAACCGAAGAAAUCGAGCGACGCAUUUUGUCUUCUGCUUCGAUCCAUCAAUGGAAGUAUGAUGCGUUCGUGAGCUUCAGAGGCGAGGACAUAAGGAAAAACUUCGCGGGCCACCUCUUCCAUGCGCUGAGGCAAGCGGGGAUCUACUAUUUCAGGGAAAAUGAUAAUUCGGAGACCGGGAUUAUAAUCGAGACCAAGCAGCUCGACGCAAUUCGCCGCUCUAGGGUUGCCCUCGUUGUGUUCACCACCAACUACGCCGACUCACGGUGGUGCUUGAACGAGCUGGUGGAGAUCCUGGAGUGCAACAGGAGGUUCAAAGAUCAUCAGGGUCACGUGGUUCUGCCCAUUUUCUAUGAUGUUGAGCCACGGGACGUUCGGAAACAGAGUGGGCCAUUCGGGGAUGGUUUGGGAAGGUGUUUGGCCACCCACACGGACGAUUUGCUGGUGCAGAAGUGGAGGGAUGCGCUUAAAGAAGCUGGGAACUUGUCAGGACGGCACUUGAAUAAUGAUGCUAAUGGGGAUCAAGCAGUAUUCAUCAAGCAAAUCGUAAAACAUCUCCUCACGGUCAGCCCUAGAGCAAUCUCCCCCUAUUUUGUCCAAAAUGCUAUUGGGGUAGAUUCCUUUGUAGAGGACGUGAUAUCGUCCCUGGAAAUUGGGUCAGAGGAUGACGUGCGUGUGAUUGGAAUAUGGGGAAUAAAAGGAAUUGGUAAGACAACGGUGGCCAAAGUUGUCUGCGAUCGUGUUUUUAGGGAAUUUGAAGGCGUUAGCUUACUCGAAAAUGUCGGAGAUGCCAACCAAGAUACACUUUUACUUCUUCAGAAGAGACUUCUCCACGAUGUUCUGAAGGUAGAAGGUCUAGAAAUGUUUGAUCUUAACAGCAACAUCAACGAGAUAAAAGCUAAGCUCUGCCAUAAAAGGAUCCUUCUAGUCCUCGAUAACAUCACUAAGAAAGACCAGAUUGAGUAUUUCGGAGCCGGAGAUCAAGAAUGGUUCCAACAUGGGAGUAGAAUUUUGAUAACUACAAGAGAUGAGCAGCUGCUGGAAGAUGUUGAAGUAGAUAACAAGUACAUGCUCCCAGGAUUGACUCAUAAAGAAUCGCUCGAACUCUUCAGUCGCCAUGCCUACCGCAAAGACCACCGUAAAGAAGGCCAUGAAGAGUUGUCAGAGAGGCUUGUCCACUACACGGGUGGACUUCCCCUAGCUCUUAAAAGAUUUGGUUCCUUCCUUUCUAAGAAGAGGAAAAAUCAGUGGCAUGAGAUAUUGGAGAAGUUGGUGAGAGACCCUCAUCUUGACUCGGUUGGAUUACCUUUAGAACCAUUCUCCUCUGUUCUUCCUUUUCAAUCAGUAGGGCCAUAUGGAGGUGGUGGUGGGGGUUCUUAUGAUGAUAAAACAUACACCGAUGUCCGAAAUAUAACUGUCGUUGUGACAUCAGUGAUUGAGUCCUUUUAUAUUGAGUACGAUCAGAACGGGUGUUUGGUCCGCUCGCCAAGACAUGGUGGACCUACGGAAGGCAAAAUAUGCACGGUAAAAUUAGAUUAUCCAAAUGAGUUCUUGACUUCAGUGUCAGGCUACAUUUUAGACGAUCCCAGACAUGUCGCUAUCCAAUCACUUAUCUUCCACAGCAAUAGGAGAACAUAUGGUCCAUUUGGCAAUGAGAGCGGAAAAUUUUUCAGUUUCCCACCCGUUGCUGGGAAGAUCAUUGGAUUCUUUGGGAGGUCUGGCAGUUGUCUUGAUUCCAUUGGAGCACAUCUUUUACCGAUCUCUCGUGCAUAUCCCUUUGAAGUCGUAGGCCCAUUUGGAAAUAGUAAUAAUGAAGGCAGGUGGGAUGACGAGAAGCAUGCAGAUCAAUCAACAAGCAUGCCUAAGCUUGUAAGAGAAGUAGAAGCCAAAGAGAAAGAAGCAGAACAGCGACAGCGACUUGAGAUGCAAUCACUGGUGAAGUAA